CACAAAUUAUAAUCCAGUUGUUGUUGAGUUCCGAUCAUUCAUAUGUCCUCCUUAUAUAACAUUAACACACACAGAAAUAUCUUGCCUAACUCAAGCACAGUAACCAUGGCUCCAUGGUUGGAGGAUACAGACCCGGCGCUCAACGCAUUAUCAAAAACAGCUCCCAAGCUCAUCGCCGCAGAGCCUGAACACUGCCCUGGCCCCGAGUCCGACCAAGCAGGCAAAAGCGAUGCAUGCAACGGUUGUCCCAACCAAGCCAUCUGCGCCGCCGCUCCUAAGGGGCCCGACCCCGACAUCCCAGUAAUAACCGCCCGCCUUUCCUCAAUCCGACAUAAAAUCCUCGUCCUGUCAGGAAAAGGCGGGGUGGGGAAGUCGACAUUCUCCUCACUGCUCGCGCAGGCGUUCGCGUCCAACCCGGCCUCGACCGUCGGCAUCAUGGACACGGAUAUCUGCGGGCCGUCGAUCCCAAAAAUGAUGGGGGUUGAGGCGGAGACAAUCCACAUCACCAACGCGGGCUGGAAUCCCGUGUGGGUGUCAGACAACCUCUGCGUGAUGAGCGUGCAGUUCAUGCUACCAAACCGGGACGAUGCGGUGAUAUGGCGCGGCCCGAAGAAGAAUGGGCUGAUCAAGCAGUUUCUGAAGGAUGUUGAGUGGGGGGAGCUGGAUUACCUGAUCGUCGAUACCCCGCCGGGCACGUCGGACGAGCAUCUUUCGGUGAACUCGUUCUUGAAGGAAUCGGGGGUCGACGGGGCGGUGGUGGUGACUACACCGCAGGAGAUGUCGUUGUUGGAUGUGAGGAAGGAAAUUGACUUUUGCCGCAAGGCCGGGAUUCGCAUCCUGGGGCUCGUGGAGAAUAUGUCCGGUUUUGUCUGCCCGAAGUGUACGCAUGAGUCUCAGAUCUUCCGAGCUACGACCGGUGGCGGUGCAAGGCUGGCGAAGGAAAUGAGUAUCCCGUUCUUGGGCGCUGUGCCGCUGGACCCGAGGGUGGGGAUGGCCUGCGAUUUUGGGGAGAGCUUCAUGGACAAUUUCCCUGAUAGCCCUGCGUCUGCUGCAUUGAAAGAGGUGGUGAGAAGCAUUGGGAAAUUUGUCGGGGAAGAUCCUGAUGAAAUUCUUCCUAAUGCUGGAAGAACUUAGAACGAUGAUUUCACAUCGUUCUAAGUAUGAUUUUUUUGCUUUCUCAGAAUAAAGCUUAAUGAAUUGCUAUUCAAGGGCGUUAAUAUGGGCAUAUGAGGGAGGAAUCGACAUAUCGAUCUUAGGUGCAUUUACAACAGGAGCAUGGCGUUGGGAAUAUUUUCAUAGACAGUUUUGCGCAUUCACUUGGAGGAUGGUAUUACUUUUCUCCCCUCACUUUUCCCUGUAUAUUAAGGAAUGAUGAUGACAUUGGAUCACCGUUAAAACAGGAAUAAAUGCCAGUUAUACGAUGCUCUUCUGGUAGAGAUAUUAUAC